AUGGCUGUUUCUACCAUCGAGUAUGUCCAAGAUCCACUUAUUUUUCAAAAACUUGAGCGAUCCACUUUUUUUUGGCGUAAAAUGGGUCCCAUUUAUCUACAAUAUCGCAUUCAGGAAUGGAGACUGAAAGACUCUUCUGAUGAGAUCAAGGAAAAGGCUUGGAACGAAUUACAUCAGCAAUAUGCUCCACAGGUUUUGGCUCUGCUCUUGGAACUGCGUGGCAUAUAUAUCAAACUAGGCCAGAUUCUUGCCACUCGCAAAGAUAUUGCUCCAGAAAUCUAUCGCAACUAUUUUUCUGAGUUAUUGGAUCGAGUACCUGCUUUGAGUGGGACUGAAGCUCGCUUGAUUAUUGAAAAUGCUCUUGGGCGUUCUAUCAACAGCAUGUUUGCUGAAUUCGAUGACGUGUCUAUUGGAGCAGCUUCUAUCGGUCAGGUUCAUAAAGCCAAACUGUACGAUGGCCGUGUUGUGGUGGUCAAGAUCCAGUAUCCAGAUGCAGACUCUCUUUUUCGGCAAGACAUUGUUACUAGCAAACAGUUUGCAAAACUUGCUCAGCCAGAACAGAUUCCUGCAAUGGACGAACUUGAACGACAAGUUUUGGAGGAAUUUUAUUUUGACAAGGAAGCUUGGGCUUUAGAUACUGUACGCAAGAAUAUCAUGCCAUUUUACAAAAAUGUUGUGAUUCCAAAACCCAUCAAGGAAUUCAGCAACAAGGACGUUCUUGUCAUGGAAUACAUUCCGGGCGUAAAGCUUAUUGACGCCGUCAUUGUUGAUGCACAACGCAUUGCUCGUCGACUCGGCACCACUUUGGAUGUGCUGCAGACUGGAAAAUUCACAACAUGGAUGGGUGUUCGAAACUCAAUCUACACGGUUGCUGAUGUCAGUUGGUCCACUAUGGCCGGAAUCUACAACUGGACACUCGGGUGGAUCGCUCCAAACAUUCCGUAUGCUCAAAAACCAAUCGAUAUCAAAAAUAUUUUCAAAACUUUAGUGGAGGUUCACGGAAAAGAAAUACUUAUCGAUGGCAUUUUUAACGGCGAUCCCCAUCCUGGAAAUAUUUUGAUUUUGCCCAACGGCAAGAUUGGACUGAUUGAUUACGGACAAGUCAAGAUGCUUACCAAAAAAGAACGUCGCCAGCUUGCCGAAUUGAUGCUAUUGCUUGAAAAGGGCGAAGGUGUCAAAAACGAAACCAUUUCAUUCGUCAAGGCUCUUGGAUUCCAAACUGAAAAAAACGACGAUCAUGUGCUUUAUAAAACCGCUGUCAUUGGAUUAGAUCGUGAUGAUGAAGAAGCUUGUGAAGGCAUGAGUCUCCAAAAAUAUCUUGAAUAUCUAAACGAAAAAGAUGCCACAAAGUCAAUCCCAGAACACCUUAUCAUGGCAGUUCGUACAUGCAUUUUACUUCGCGGAGCUGCUGCUCUUAUGGGUGCUGGUCCAAUUAGUAUUGCCAAGGAGUGGAAACAUCUUGCAGAAAAAACAAUCAAGCUUUACCCUGAAAACCCGAUAACAGACAAUGACAUUCCGACAUUUGUUCGGGAAUAG